CAGGAUUCUUCGACGUGCAAACGGGGUUUGAUUAAAUUGAAGGCCAAACACAACAACGUCUGCCGCCCUAGCGUGCUGCCGGCAUUGGCCAAUCUCAAUGGGGCAAAUUGUGGCCACCUUGACUGGACAAAGGGUAGCAGGCUAGCAGCUAGCAACCGAGAUGUUUGACUUUGUUCCACAUCUCGACAACGCCGCAAAAUAUCGACGCCGUUGUAGAUUCCGUUUCGAAGCUGUCUCCUAGAUCGCCAUGGAAGUUAAACAAUUGCCGAUAUAACACUACCUCCUCUACGAAACGCGCACAACAUGGCUUCGAGAUUCGGCCCCUCCUCCCUGCACCAGCGCGACUCGCGCAGCGACCUCUUCAAAGGCUACACAGGCGCCAGCGCCAGCAGGACACUCAGCACAAGUCCAAGUCGACACCUGGGUUCCGGCGGCUACGGAUAUGGCGGGUACCAGCCACCCAACGGCGCCAGCGGUAGCGGUAGCAGCCAUCUAGGAACUGGGGUGACUGAGAGCAGGGGGUACAGGCCAGCGACGCCUAAUCGGAAGGGCCAAUACAGCGACGCGGUCCUAAACGAGCUGGAGAGCCAGAAUGAUGAGCAGGUGGAGGGGAUUAUGGGCAAGGUUAAGAUGCUGAAGGAUAUGACGGUAGCCAUUGGUGACGAGAUUCGCGAGUCGUCUGCCUUGGCGGAGAAGAUGAACGAGGGGUUUGAUCAGACACGGCUGCGACUGGGCAGGACCAUGAACAGGAUGCUCGUCAUGGCGGAGCGGACGGGCGUGGGCUGGAGGGUGUGGCUGGCCUUCUUCGCAGCCGUUAUCCUCUUGUUCAUCUAUGUAUGGUUGUUCUGAGCGGGCCAGAGCGAGGUAUGGGCAUUUCGUCUUGGUUAGAUAAUAUCGCGUUGUCGGCCAAGGUAGGGCUUGGCCACGCAGGCGCUUGGAGUUUGGGAAGCAUACAUCCUUUGGGCUUGGUAACUGAUGGAAUGUUGGUGGCCCAAUGUAGCCGCAUGCAUUCAUGAUGAAGAGGCUACCUAGUUUUGAUACGAACGUUGUAAUGCAGAACACGACCUUCCCU